UCCUCUCCGCUCCUUUCCAGAAUUCUGCUCACCUUCCGACUUCCAACCCACUCCACACCUCAGAGUCGCCUCUUAUCCUCAACAGCGGUGAGCAGAAAUGUACCCGCAGGAGCCGAGCCCCGGGGCGGAGCUGGCCGUUCUCGAGUUUGUCCGCCAACACCUCCUCGAUGACCCCGCCCCCUCGGCCGGGGUCCCGUCCUCCGCGGUGACUCCACCUUCCGUUUACUGCCGGAGUUGCAGCUUUGGCAGCCUCGUCGCCGCCCAGUGGGGUGACCUCCCCUUCCGCCUCGACGACUCCGACGACAUGGUCGUCUAUGGCGCCCUCCGGGACGCCUACUCCCACGGCUGGAACCCCUCCCCCGAAGCCGGUCCCGUCACCGCCUCCGCCGUUGUCGUCAAAUCGGAGCCCGUUACCGAGCUGCCUCCACCGACGCCGGCGCUAGCGAUUCAGGUGCCUCCGGCACAGCCCGCGCCAGAGGCACCGGCAGCGCCGGCGGCGCCGGCGAAGGGGAAGCACUACAGAGGGGUGCGGCAGCGGCCGUGGGGGAAGUUCGCGGCGGAGAUCCGAGAUCCGGCGAAGAACGGGGCGAGGGUUUGGCUGGGGACGUUCGAAACGGCGGAGGAGGCCGCCAUCGCCUACGACAAAGCUGCCUAUCGGAUGCGCGGCUCCCGCGCGCUCCUCAACUUCCCGCUCCGGAUCAGCUCGGAGGCGGCCGCGGCACCGGCGGUGGUGUCUCCGUCGAAGCGGGCCUCGCCGGAGCCCUCUUCCACCUCCUCCGCCUCUUCCUCUCCCCGCUCCCCCUCGUCGUCGUCGUCUUCCUCGUCGGCGAAGGCGUCGCCGAAGAGGAGGAAGAAAGGGGAGGCCGCGGCGGCGGCGAUGGCGAUGGCGAUGGCGAUGCCUCCGGUAGCGGCGGCCCCCAUGCCUCUCUCUUCUUCUCCGGUUCCGGUUCAAGCGCAGGCCGGUCUGGGUUUCGGGAACCGGACGGAGAGUUUCUCGGUUGGGCCUGUCGUCCAAUUUACACGUGUCGGUCAGCUUUUGGUUAGUUAAUUGGUGGUGGUGGUAGAAAAGGCGAAGAAGCGUGGAUGUGUGUAAUUAGCGGCCAGAACAAUAGCUUUCGGAUGUCAUAAAAGGUUGGGCAAAUACUGGAAAGCUUUGGGGGCAAAAAUGAUAAGACGGUGAAGGCAGUGGAAAAGGGGGAAAGAGACUAACGGAAGGCCUGCUUUGCUGCAACUCUUCUACUUUGGGCAUGACAGAAAAUAUCUAUUUCUAAGAUUUGGUGAAUUGACUUUGGGGGUCUUAUGUGAUUUGUGAAAACCUUAAAACUCUUUUGUGUAAACUAUAAUAAGAGUUCUAGGUGAUCCACUUUAUUCUUUAAUAAAGGCUCCAUUUCUAGAAGGUAUUUUUGAAAAGGUUACUUGGAGGAUCUUUGUGUAGAUAGACUUGGGUUGCAAGGAUGGAAUGAAUGAGGUCACCAUACUCAACCAAAAAAAAUAAGGUCCCUAUUACAGCUUUGAGCAUUCUAUCUAUUUGAUUCUCAAACUCAAUAUAAUGUUAGCAUUUGAA